UCACGCCUGAGUGAGGACGACACCCACCACUGUGUCCGACCUUAGCAACAUGGCCGCGAUGUACUUGGAUGCUGAACUCACAUUUCAACUUGUCUGACCCGAAGAAAUGGCUGCCAACGUCGGUGUCACCACACGUCUGCGAGCCAAAAAGGCCCGCGAGCUACUCGGUCGUCAUGGCAACGCCGCCACCGGCAGCAACCUGAGCAGGCGGAAGUCCAAAGACGUCCUGGCCAACAUUGACGAGGAGAACGCCGAGCUGGGCGCAUGCGGCGCCGCCUACAACCGCCGCUCCUUCCCCCUGGAGCACGAGAGCGACGCGUGGAGCCGCGAGAACGACAAGACCUCCAAGACCGAGUCCACGGCCAAGCAGUUCAAGCAGAGGCGAACACUGAGCGAGCGAGGGGAGAACACCGCCCGGUACCCUCCUCUUGUGGGUCGUCAGCAGUCACACAGACCCCUGGACCAAGUCACCCCAGCUAAGUCAGGCAGACAGAAAAAUGUCGAGGACAGACAAAUCUACCAGACAGACUUUAACUCUCUGCAGGUUACAAUGUCCACGCCAGUUGGAGUCUCCGCCUUCCCCAUGGACACCGACAUGGUCAGCGUGUGUGCACUGGCCGGAGACCGACGUCAGCUGCCGGAGGGUGUGUCAGACAUUGACCAGUGUCCAGAUUCUCUCAGCACCACGGUCUAUUCUAAGGAGAUAAUGGAGUAUUUGAUGCACAUGGAGACCAGGGGUGUUCUAGAACCAGGUUUCCUUAACAACAGUCCGGAUGUGACGUCACGAAUGAGGGGCGUGUUGAUGGACUGGCUCCUACAGGUUCAGAACCACGAGGAGCUGAAGGACGACACCCUACACAUGUGCGUGGACCUCAUCGACCGUUUCCUCAGCAUCAUCAACGUCAAGAUGCCCAAACUACAGCUGGUUGGCAUCACGAGUCUACUUAUUGCCUCAAAGUUCAGCGAGAGAUUCGCACCAGAGAUCACCACCCUGUGUUACCUGACAGACAACACCUACGUCAAGGACCAGGUGCUCAGCUACGAGAGGUACAUCCUGCAGACCCUCAGGUUCGACCUGACGCGACCUGUCUGUGUCACCUUCUUAGACAGGUAUCUGCAGGUUCACCAGCAUCCUAAGGAGGUGGAGUACCAGGCCAGGUACGUGCUGGACCUCAGCGUGUCCAGCAUCCACAUGGUGCCCGUGCUGCCCUCUCUGAAGGCGGCCAGUGCCCUCUUCCUGGCCAGGCGGAUCUGGCUGGAUACGGUCGUCACGUGGACGCCGGACUUGGAGUUCUACACCAGCUACACUGGGGAGGACCUGCAGGACACCGUCACGGAGUUGGCCAUCAUCCUGGUCAAGGCACCCAGCUCCAAGUUCCAGGGAGCCAGGAACAAAUACAACACAGAAGAACAUCUUUUCAUCAGCCGCUACGACCACGUCAGGGCGCAGAUGAUAGCCAAGAUGGCCUGUUAGAUUUAUCUCUGGGCAAGUCAGGUUGAACUUUGGCCAAUCUUGGCCAUCUGGCAUGUUAGGUUAAUCCCGGGACUAUCUAGCAUUUAGCUUAACCUCUGGACCAUGUUAGGUUAACUUCUGGACAAUCAGCCAUGUCAUGCUGACCUCUGGAUAAUCUGGCAUAUUAGGUUGACCUCUGGAUAAUCUGGCAUGUCAUGCUGACCUCUGGAAAAUCUGGCAUGUCAUGCUGACCUCUGACACCUGGCUUCUCGUCAGACCGGAAAGAACUCCCAACCUCCAGCUCCGUCUUUCAAAAAAUUACUAGUCAACGUGUACAAACUGUCAUGUAAUUGUAACAUCAUAAACUGUGAUGUAAUUGUAACUUUACCCGUAAUGCCUUCUUUGUGAAUUUCUCCAAGUCAAUUCAAUGUUUUGAUCGAGCAGCCAAAACAAUUGUCUGCACGUUCACACCCCCACGUCUACGUCAUAACACGCUGACCAUUGUGUGGAAACAAACCAUACUGUACAUAUGACAUAUGACCACCUUGCUGUAAAGUAUUUAAAAAUUCACUUCUUUU